GAAAAACUAAAAUAUGUACAUAUUCUGAAAUAUUUGCAAAACGUUAAAGUGAGAGAAAUCGCCUACAGAAGUGGGUAAUACAUAGAAAUAGACCAAGAUGGCUAUCAAUAUUGUUGCAAAAUUAUUUGUAACAUGUAUUUACGUAGCAAGUGUUACUGCGUGGAAUGUUCCCUAUGAAUCUGACCAAAUCAAAAGCCUAUCAAACCAAAUCGAAAAUUUGAAAAGUUUGCUGAACCAGCCAUCAUAUAAAUAUAACAAUGCACCACCAGUACCCUGGGAUAACAACAACAGGAAUUCAGAUUACGAAAGAUAUCUAAGACAACAGUAUAUACUACCAAUACUUAAUUCUAUAAGCGAUAUCUCAGAACAAAUUAUGAGAAAUAUUAACGACAAAGCACAUCAACAAAAUAAUAACGUACCAUUCCCAAUUAGUUAUUAUCCACCCAGGCAAAAUUUCGGAGAUAUCAAAGACAAAGACAAGACUUCGUUCUUUAACAUCCCAUUUGGUACUGCUAGUGGUUGGGGUGCUGCUUCAUAUGGAGAGUCUCAAAGUCAAGGCAGCGGCGGAAGCAGUUACAGCAUUUCAAAUCCAUUAUCAUUUACACCAUAUUCCGGUGAAUUCGGUUCGUUAAAUCCUAUAAAAACUGAGACUUAUAGUCCUUUUUCCGGUCAUAGUUCAGGGCUACCAGUUGUACCUUCUAGAUUCCCAGAUAUAUCAAAUCGGAGACCCGCAGACUUCGAUGAAAAUCAAAAUUGGGGGUUAGUUCAAGACCCUAAUGAUGACAACGUAAAAACCACACCUAAGCCACCACAAGAAUGUAACUGCGAAGAACAAAACAAAAACAUAACAUCGUUGGCACUAAAACUGCGGCUGAAGACUACAGAAACAAAUCCAGUGACUUGUAAAGCGGUCAUUCUGUUUUGCUGUGUCCCCGGGAACAACGAGGAGCGCCGAAAGGAGUGCUUCUCGGAGCACGGAUGUCCUCGAAGUUAUUCCACGGGAAUCGCAUGCCUGCCCGUUCUUAUCCAAGCUGUGUACACAGAUAUAUACGGAAAACUUUAAAGAAUAAGGUUUCUAUCAAUAACGGCAAGAUUACAUACUUUAACUCGCAUACAUGUUACAAGUAAUCAAUAAUUUG